AUGACUUAUUUUGACCUCUCCGCCGUUGUCUCCUUUAAUUAUCAAAUGAUUUCUCCCUUUUUUGGUGCAGAACCGAAGGACCCUUCGAUGAUUUACAAAUUUAAUAUAAAUGAAACUUACUCUGGAGACCUGGAAGGAAUUCUCGUUUUAUGCUUUUUAGCAAUUCUCCUUGCUGUAUUUUUCAAGGUGAUCGAAAUCAUUUUUGUUGUCAUCUUCGUGGUGAUUUCAAUAUUCCUAACGGCGCGGAACGGAGAAAUAAACAUCAUAUCGAUACUGCCGAUGAUAAUAAUGGUCGUGAUGACCUCGGGCAUGACAUGGCUUCAGCAAAAGGACCUUAACAAAAGACAGCUCAGCAAGUUCGAGAUUUGA